AUGAAGUUUAUAUCGAAGCUCCGCACCAAUAUCGUGGAGUCGUUCCGGACCGAUCCGAACAUUAACAGGGCCAAAAGCUGGGUCGAUCCCGUUCGCCGCCGGCUACCCUCAGCCACUGCGGAAUAUAUCGCUGAAAAGCUUCCCGCAGCUCAAUGGCUUCCGCACUACAAUUAUAAAUGGCUUCUUCAGGACGUCAUUGGCGGCAUCACUAUUGGUGUUAUGCUCAUCCCGCAGGGCCUUGCCUACGCCAAGAUUGCCAACAUCCCCGUCGCCCAUGGCCUUUACUCCAGUUGGCUGCCUUCGGCCCUGUACUUCUUCCUUGGCACAUCGAAAGAGGUAUCGUCGGGUCCCACCUCGAUUCUGGGUCUCUUUACGGCCGAAGCUGUCGCGGAGCUCUCCAAGCAGGGCUAUGAUCCUGCCAAUAUCGCAUCGGCAAUGGCCUUCUUGGUCGGUGUUUACUCGCUGGCCAUCGGCCUACUCAAGCUCGGGUUUUUGCUCGACUUUGUUUCCGGUCCGGUUCUUACUGGCUGGAUUUCUGCUGUGGCAUUCGUCAUUGGUCUUGGCCAAGUGGGCUCCCUUAUCGGCAUUGACACCGGAUCUGGCACGAUAACCAUUUUCCGCGAUGUACUCUGCCAUCUGAACAAGAUCAAACCUCUUACGUUGUGCAUUGGACUUACAGGAAUUGCAAUGCUCUAUGCACUAGAAUGGGUUGGCAAGCUGUGGGGGAAGAAGAACAAGUGGCUCAAGUUUCUGAGCACCAGUCGUGCUGUUGUCGUGCUCGUGAUUUACACCAUCAUCUCGUUCUUGGUAAACAAGGACCUCACUGUUAAGCAGUACAAGUGGAAGGUCACUCAAGUUGACACGCAUGGGCUGCUCACACCUCGCGCGCACGACGGCUCGCUCAUCUCAAAGAUUGCAGCACGGUCUGUCGCUCCCUUCAUUGCAAUGGCCGUUGAGCACCUCGGCGUGGGAAAGGCAUUUGGUCUACGCAACAAUUAUAGCAUCGACAAGAGUCAAGAGCUGGUCUUCCUUGGCACCGCCAACAUUGCCAACAGCUUUUUUGGUGCCCAGACCUGCGGUGGUGCCAUGUCGCGAACUGCUGUCAAUUCAGAGUGCGGCGUGAAGAGCCCCGUAAACUUUUUGUUUACCGCCGGUUUCAUCAUCCUCACGCUAUAUGAGCUUGCUCCUGCUUUGUACUGGAUCCCCAAAGCAACUCUUUCCGCCAUCAUUAUUAUGGCGGUCGCCCAUCUUGUGUCUUCUCCACAACUAUUCUACCGUUACUGGAGAAUGUCCUUCAUUGAUUUCAUCGCCUCGAUGCUUGGAUUCUGGGUCACCCUGUUCACUACUACUGAGAUCGGUCUUGCUGUUUCUGUUGCAUUCAGCCUCGUCUAUACCUUGAUCCGUCUCGCUUUUCCCAAGUGGAUUGGUCUCUCUCACAAGGAUACCGAGACUGUCCACUGGUCUCCACCGAAGCAGCAUCGAAACGAUGGUAUCGAUGUUCCAGCUGAAGCAUAUUUAGUCAAGUUUACCGAGGAUCUACUGUUUCCUAACGCGGAACGCAUCAAGAACGCAGUCGUCGAGUCCGUCAAGAUACACUUUGAGCCGGCUGCCUCUGCUGCUCGCGACAUCCUCUCCUCGACCAGGACGUGGAAUGUGGCCAGUACCAAACGCAUCGGGAAAAUCCGUCGCAGAAAGAACAUCGUCCCGCUUAAAUGCGACAUUGUUCCUCUACACCAUGUGGUGCUCGACUUCACCAUGGUUGGAUUUAUCGACGUCACAGGGCUACUAUCCUUGAUCGAGUUGAAGAUGGAGCUUCGUCGCUAUAUUGGCGCGGACUUGCAAUUCAGAUUCAUCAACAUGGUCGACGAGGUGUACGAACGAUUCCAAAGGUCAGAAUGGGAGUUCGCUCAGCAGGGGGAGCAGAGGACUGGAGAGGCUGAUACAAUCUACAACUCGCUCGAGGCCGCGUUGUUUCACCACGAUGGUGAUGAGAAGUCUGAUAGCGUAUCAGAGAAGGCUUUGGAUGUGUGA